GAGAGUCGCUGGCAAAAUUCCACAAUGGUCACAUUUGGGGAUGUGGACAAGAGAGCAGUCCACCAUUUUGACCCAGCUACCUUCGAAAGAACCUUUGCGUGCGAAUCCUGUCAAGAGAUACUAUUUCAAGAAGGACACGGCGGCCCAACACUGUUUAGGACUGUGGGCAGUGGACAGAUGAAACUACCACCAGGUAUACAAGUCAGGGCGAAAGGCGGAUCAGCCAAGUGUUUAUAA